AAACAGCACAAAUCACUAAAUUACUGUAGCAUCAGCUUGUUUAACACCAGUUUUAAGAGUUAAAUGCGUUAUAUUUUAGAGCAACAAAAUUAUUCAACGGAUAUUGUUCACCAUUAAUAAUCUUAUGUUCGUGUUUGUCAAAACCUUUGCAAUCUUUGUAUACAAUUGUUUAAUUUUUUUUGGAAACCUCCAUUGGACAGUUGUUUUCUUCUCAAGCUUUGUGUGUUUGUGUAUGUGUAUAAAAAUAUGAUGACUCCAUGUGAUGCCAGGUGGAAAGGCCUAGUGUGGUGACAUGGUGGCUCCCUAAGAGCAGGUGCAUAAGAGGUUAAACCAGGACAGUCCUCAGAGCACAGCGGCAUGCAAAUGGAAUUUGUUUCGGAGCUGAUUUAUGUUUAUCAAACCUGGACUGUACUUUGCAAAACAGGGCAUUCUUUUUCCACGGAGGAAAACUUAAUUAGGCUACAAACACAAAGGAAAAGCUGUAGGGGCUCAGUAUGUUGAGUAUACGUACGUGUGUAUGUGUGUAAUCCUUUCCAGAGAGCAUGUAUUUUUGCUUAUCCUUCUGUGAGUACUAGGCUUCUUGCUUUUGCCUCCGCCUUCCCUGCGUAAUUCUCCCUCUCCCCUUCUGUCUUUCCUUCUUUCCCUCCUUCGUUCCCUCCCUGUGAGUGUAGCUUGGGCGUCGUGCCAAGUGGAGUGUGUUUUUUGAAUGAAUACCUGAUGAGGCUGCUGAGGCUGACUGGGGGAGGAGGAGCUGCAUUCAGUAGAGCACUGAGCAUGUGUGUGCGUAUGUGUGUGUAGAGUGAGUGUGUGUGUGAGAGAGAGAGAGAGAGAGAGAGAGAGAGAGAGAGAUUGGGAGUGAGGCAGUGUGUUUGCCUUGCAUAACAUACUCCGUAUUGCUUGUACGCAAGGGCUUCAUGUGAGACAGCCCAGGCAAGGGGACUUCCUUUAUGCUUACUCCUCCAGGGCUACUGCAAAAGGGAGGAGAGGAAAACAAGAGGCAAGAAGAGAGGACAGGAGUGCAAGGGACAAAUACAGGACAUGGAGGUGAAUAUAUAACGAGAGGAUUGUGGCUCUGACUUUGUAUAUAUGUUAAACCUGGACAAAGGAUGGCUGGUGAGGAAUAGGGUGCUUUGCACUCACAUACUACACUGUGCAAGGCGAGAGUGAGAGAGAGAGAGAGAGAGAGAGAGCUGUUUUCUCCACUAUCCAGAGGUACAGACCACAGCAAGGUACAGCAGUAAGGGAGAUAAUUCCAGAUGAUUCCACAUGAAGACGUCAGUAACAGCAAGAAGCUCCAGUGACUAAUCUGAUUUAUAUCAUAAUACAAUAUAUAACAAGAACAAUUUUUAGAACAAUGGACUUCUUGACACUGAAGACCAACUAAAAACAAGACCAAACCCAUCCAGUGUAGUAGCACGCAGGAGUCAAAGAGUGAAAGAUCAUGAAGUCCAACCAGGAGCGUAGUAAUGAGUGCCUGCCUCCAAAGAAGAGAGAGAUCCUGGCGCUUGAGGAGCGGCAGGUGCUGGUAGCAUCAACUGUGAAUGAGAGCCAAAGUGGUGAGAACCUGGCAUGGCUUGCUAGUGUAGCCAGCAUGGCCAGCAUGGCCACUGUUCCCAACCUAGUUCCCUCACAGAGUAACAGUACUGAAGCUAGCAGCCCAACACCAUCAACUAAGGCCCUGACUAUAGUGACAGAGUACCCACUUUCCACCUCUGUUUCCAACAGCUCUUUGUCAUCAUAUACAAGCUCCACACCUGCAGGAGGUCUUUCUGGAACAACUACAAUAACAGCCAACCCAACUGUCCUCUCCUCCAACCUUCCUCAAGCAGCAGGACCCAUCCAGCCCACCCAGCUGCCACCUAAUUUACAAAUCAUUGGACCCUACACCAGUUAUAUCUCCUCCCAGAUAGUGUCAGCUGCAGCAAGUCCGACCCAGUCACGUAGACCUGCCCAGGAGGUUUAUGCUACCACAGCUGUCAUCCCACAAGCUUCUAAUGGAAACCCACAGAAGCAGCAUGUGAUUUCAUCCUUACCUAACGUAGCUCACACCACCAGCCAGUGCAUUCAGGUAGAGGGCACUCCAGUUGGUUUGCCAGUGAUUUCCCCAACUUCACAAGUACCCCUUCAACUUCAUACUCAUUCAACUGUUCUUGCCCCUCAUGGUCUGACUCUUACUCCCUCUCAGGUGCUUGUGCAUUAUGCUGAUGGGCUCAUUACAAAACCACCUGACUCCCAAAGCAGAGAUCUGCAGAAUGGUGCUCUGGGAGAGGUCACAGUGGUCAAACACACAACCAGCAUUGUGAAGGGAAUGUCUAACAAACCAGAAAGUGAUGAUGGCCAAAGGCAGAUUCAGAACCUGGGUCUCCCGGCCCAAACUCAGGUCUUGCUCCCUGCUGAUUAUGCUUCUCAUGACAGUGCAGGACUUCAGACAUCAGUCAUGCUGGUGUCAAGCAACCACCUGAUGGCCAAUAAUAGCACUGAGCUUCAGAGCACCCACGAUAAAGAGCACACAUCUCUGGCUCGAGUUGAGAGAACAAGGCUAUCUGUGGGGAAGCCAGUCUCUAGAGUUUCCUCCCUUUCUCUCCCAUCAUCAGACAGCAUGGCAGUAUCUCUUGCUCCAACUCUUUCCCCUCACACUCUCCUGCAUACAUCUCCAUCCGCCCCUACCCAGGAGCUUUCUACAAACCUUUUCUCAAGCACACAGCUGCCUAUUAUUGGAUACAUUACUAGUACAUCUGGGGCGCCCCAGCAGGCUGUGGCCAGUUACCAUAGCAACCUCCCACAGCAUCUAGUGAUCUCAGGCAGUCCCUCCCUGCUUAUUCCUGUGAGUGCUGGCAAUAUCAAUACAUCAUCUACUGAGUCAGAGGUUACUCGCUGCUCCAUCCCUACCAUUUCUGCUGCCAAUGUACCGACAGUAGCCACAGGUCUGCCUCAGGCCUACAUCACUGCACCCACACCUACUGUUCCAACCUCCAUUCUCCCUAAUGGCAAAGAAGUCACAGGCCCUGAGGAACAUCAUGCUGCAGCAGGUGUACAGAGUUCCACACAAGUACAACUUCCUGUGCUUUCAGCAGGGAUAGUAGCACCUCCAGCUCCUGUGCUCCCUCCAACACCCACAAGCCCACAAAAUGCACCCCUAUCUCCAUCAUCAGCCCUGCCUCCAUACUUCAUGAAGGGCUCUAUCAUCCAGCUGGCAGAUGGCGAGCUUAAGCGGGUGGAGGACCUAAGGACAGAGGACUUCCUACAGAGUGCAGAAGUGAGCAGAGAACUAAAAAUUGACUCUAGCACAGUUGAAAGGAUAGACUCCAGCAGAACGCCUGAUGCAGUUAUCAUACAGUUCUCAGUCGGGGAACACAAAGCACAGGUAUGUGUGGAAGUGCUGGUAGAGUACCCUUUCUUUGUGUUUGGUCAGGGAUGGUCAUCCUGCUGCCCAGACCGCACUACCCAGUUACUGGCUCUGUCAUGUGCCAAACUCUCUGUUGGUGAUGUCUGCAUCUCCCUCACCCUAAAGAGCCUAAGGAAUGGCGCAUUAAGAAAAGACCAAACCUUUGGUCCUGUGAAGAACCAUAAUAACACUCAUCAUAAAGCAGCCAAGACCAGUGGACAGACUGGAGAGCUACAGACUCAGCGGGAGGAUUUGAGAGAUGGGAACAUUUUUGGAUUAGAAGGGGAACAAAAGUUUGUAGGUCUUGGGCUUAAGAGUCCUAACUCCGGUAAUGGUGUAAUCAUCUCAAAAACUGAAGAGGGGAAAACUCAUGGUGCAGGGAGUCGCAAGAGAAGGUGGUCUGCCCCAGAGAGAGGAGAGAUAGGGAAGUCACAGGAGAAUGAGCACCCUGCAACUCUUCCUAAACUUUCCUUCCUUUCACAGGAGGUAAAGGUCAGCAUUGAGGGAAGGUCCAGUAUGGGCACCUGAGGUACUUUGUGAGCCAUCAAAAAGGAGGGUGUCUUUGAUUUUCUGGGCAAAGAAUCUUCUAAACCAAGGAUCAUUGUGGUUUUAUUCAGUUACUUGUGGUGUUGGCUUUUGCCAACAGUUCCAAAACCAUGUGUGUUUUUCACUGGGCAAACAAUAUGCAGCAGUACAAGAAUAACAGGAUUAUUAUGGUUAUCUUCUCAUGGCUUAUUUUAGUUACUGUAACAGGAGCUACUUUUGUCUGACAGUAUUUACAGGAUAUGUGUUUGUAGUAAAACAAAGAAAUAAUUUCUGGCAUUUGUCCUGGGGAAUACAUAUAAAUAUGCGGGGUACUACUUAUUUUUAUAGUUAAUUCUGCCAUUAUCUGUUUUUGGCACUUUGUCUACGUUUAUGUAAGUUGUAGCAUAAUUGUAUUUCAGUCAUAAUCAGUGACUCAAACAUGUAUAGACCAGUAGGCUGGAGAGAUUGGUCAAUAGUAUGACUUGCUGUGACAAAUUAUCCCCAUAAAUAUUAUUUAAAAGUAUAUUGUUAAAAUCCGCCAUAUACUUUAUAAAGAUACUCUAUGUCAGUUAAAUAUGAUAAAUAUUGUUAUAUGAUCAGAAUGAAAAACUAUCAUAAAAAAAAGAUAUAAAAUAGUCAAAUAACAAUGGAUAGUCUGUCUGUUACUGAUUGAUUAGGAGUCCUAAGUGUGAUUUAUGAUAUGUUUCAGAUGAGUGAAUUUUGGUAACCAAACAUGGUCCAAUUAUUGGGACAAAACUGGACUAUAACACUGAAUGUUAAGGAUUAUACCUAUUUUUUACCAAUAUUUUAAUUAAAUACACCAGAAUUUAAUUAGUCAAAACGUUCUCGAUAUGCAAUAUUAUGAUUAUUCACAUACCUCAAACAUGACACAAGGCUGUUUCAGGUUCUGUUCAGGAUCUGGGAUCUUUAAAAUCACAUCCAAAAUCCGUGUUCAUGUUCAUUGUUCAUGUUCAGACAGUGGACAUGUGCAGGUAAAUUCUCACUCAGCCUUUGAAUAUUAGCACUUUACUGAAGGCAAUGGAUGAUUAAAACCCUCACCUCUGCUUUGUUGCCUGAGCAACAGCCAUUUGCACAACGUCAAUUUUAGAAUAACGUUAGCUGUCUUGUGUGUUUUAACCCCAUUUAAAACGAAUUACAGCCAUCACAUUGAUGCAUUUUUUUUAAUCCAUUGGAAAUCCAGUUGGAGUCUUGUGUGGUUGUAAUUUAAGCAACUGGAUUUCUGUGUACAAAAUUACAUACAAAUGUGUAAUAUAUUGUGUAUAUAUAAUGUACAAUAUAUUCUGUUUAGGAAUAUAUUGAUAACAUAUAACAAUAUAUUCCAUUUCCAUAGGGGUAGUGACUCAAUCUAGGGGCUUUUGGGUAACACUUUACUAAAGGUGCAUGACUAAGCACAUACUAAUGUGUGUACUAAUCGCUUUCCCAAUGAUGCACUAAUCAUUAGCAUGUGUAUGAAGUGUAUACAUUAUAACAGCCUCAUACUGUAUGAACAACAUUUAAUGAUGGUAAUAGUUAAGCAUUAACAGCUUGUCAACUCAUUCUGUUAAUUAUUAUCAUGCAGUAUUAAUAAUGAUUUAUGUAUUGAAUGAUGCGUUUUGAACAAUGUACAGUAGUUUAACUUAAAUUAUAGGCUAUAUCUAAUUACAGGCUAUAAAGCUUGAGACCCCCUUUUGUUUUCGAGUACCUGGAAUUCUUUAGCAAACUUAUUGCCUCCACCAACGUUGUUUUUGCCUCCAUUUGUUUGUUGCCAACGUAACUUAAAAAGUAGUUAACAGAUUUUGAUGAAAUUUGGAGGAAAGGUGAGCCAUGGACUAAGGAUCAGUUAAUUAGAUUUUGAUGCAAAUCUGCGUAUGUAUGUAAACAUAGUCAACAUCUGGAUAUUUAUUUGAAGAAGGUUAUGACUUUGCCUCUUGUUUGUUUGUUUGCCUGUUCCCAAUGUAACUCAAAAUGUAGUGAAUAGAUUUUGAGGAAAGGUGAGCCAUGGACCAAGAAACAAUUGAUUAGAUUUUGUUGCAAAUGUGGAUAUGUAGGCAGAUCCAAGAUUUUUUUUUUCCUUUUCCCAACAUAACUCAAAAAGUAAGGAACGGAUUUGGAUGAAAUUUGGUGUACAGUUUCAGUAUUAUCCUAGGUUCAAGUGAUUUGACUUUGAUGUUGAUAACAUGUGGCUUGGCAGAGGUAUGCACUCUACCGAGUGCCUUUUUAGUUAUUAUUAUUAUUAUUAUUAUUAUUAUUAUUAUUAUUAUUAUUGCAUUUUUUUAUUGCAAAUAGGUGUCACAAAAAUGUAUCAUUUUUCUACAAGUGUCCAGAUUGCUCUAGAAAAACCAAAAGGGUUCAUCAAGUUAAGGUUUUCAUCUUACAUAACCGCGUAAAUAUUGUUAACGUUUUCAACUGUGGGAUGAAAGAAAAGUUUAUAAUGUUCCAGUGCUUAAGUGGAUCCAAGUCCUACGAGAUUGUCACACAUUUUUAUAACAUUGUGCCAAAUAAAGCGGCUUGAUUUUGAUCAUAUAAAAUGCAAAAUGUUCUGAGUUAUUUAAAUAAUCUGAAGAUUUGGUUACACAUUGUGUACAAAAAAAAAGGAAAACCAUUAAUAAUAUAAGUAAUCUUUAUUAAUGCUGCAUAUCAUGAUUUUUAAUUAAAAUAUUAUGGUAUAUGAUUCAGAGGCUAUGUAUAUGAUUAGUGCAUGUGAUAUGAUUCAUCAUUAUAAAAGCGUUAAUACAUAUAUUAAUAUGCUUAUUUAUGGACCUUAUAGCAAAGUGUUUCUGGCUAUUGUACUGUUUAGGGCUCUUUAAGUGGUUUAAGUGGCCCAAUAUCACCUACAGGAAGUGUAACGGUCUAACAGGUCAGAGCAAAGGUCACUGAGAAGUCAUCAACUUGAACAAAUGUGUAAUGUGUGUAAUUUAGAAUGAAUGAAAUAAUAAAACUUUGUGUUUUUCUUA